UCCAGGUUACUUCACGAGACCAUUCAGGACCAUAUUCUCACCCCCACCUUGUUGCCCAACUUGCUUCGCGCAUCCAGGGCAGCCCUAUUCCCAUCAAAUGCCCGUCCAAGCCAAGGAACAGAUGUAAAUCGAUUGUCGGCUCCGGCUCCGCAGCCUCCGCAAUUGUCCGUGCGGCCUCCUACGCCUACACAGCAAGGCCCUACUGGCGAUACAACAACCCCUGGCAAUGCUGACAGGACGACGCCGGCACCUCUUGCCUCUGCGCCAACGCCGUCCUUAGCUCAGAACCAGGGUCCCUCUGCGCCAGAAAUUGCUGCCAUCAAGCGAGAAUGCGCGAGACGCAUUCUGUCCCUGGGGCCUCGGCCAGUCGCACGGGUUUUCUUUGGUGUUCCAGAUAAUACCUCUGGCCCGACCGCUCUUAACGGCUCGACGGGAGAUGACUCGCAGCAGCCGCCCUCCCGAUCAUCUUCGCCUUUACCCACUCCACCCAACGAUACUGAAGAGACCCUCAUCUUGCAAGCAAUUGAGCGUGAUAUUUUGGACCUUUUCGCUGACGAGUAUUGCAACAAGCAUCUAAUCUACUCCAUCAUUGAAACGGUUCUCGCGAAGCUUCUCCCCGAGCUAUCGGACCACAGUAUAGCGGAGCUCAUGGAAGACAGGGGUAUCGCCUUUAACACAGAUCAAGUUCCAGAGGCAUAG